AUGCCUCCAAGGAAGGGCAGGACCCUCAGUGCAGGAUUGGACCGUGAGGUCUACCAAAUCGUGCGCAAAAUCAUCGACGAUCAGCCCGACACUGGGCGCAUCCGCCUAUCGGUGCCUGCGAUCUUUGAAGUAAUUAAAAAGUCCAACUCCAGCCUGAACCGCAAACCAAAGAGACAAAUUGAGGAUAGUCUGGAGCGAGUGCUGGAAAUUGUCAAAGCCGAUCUGGGUGACGAUGAUGAGGACUCCAUGGAGGGGGACUUUGAGGGGCUCGAAGAACCUCCUGCUGCGGAACCCAAUGGAUUGAACCAGAGCAUCGUCGGCUCAUGGGCUACGGCUAAACCCAAAAAGCCCGAGUCUACCACCAAUACCCCGGCUCCUACUGCCACCAAGCGACGAACAGGCGGAAGCGAAUCGGCCUCUAAGCGCCGGAAGGCCGAGCCUGCUGAUCGGUCGCCGCCUACACAUGUCAGUCUGGCGGAUCUGGGUGGUUUGGAUGAAGUGGUAGGGGAAUUGGGGGAUUUGGUCAUCCUGCCCAUGACCCGGCCACAGGUGUAUCUCUCCUCAAAUGUGCAACCCCCGCGCGGAGUGUUGCUACAUGGCCCACCGGGUUGUGGUAAGACGCUGAUUGCGAAUGCCUUUGCGGCUGAGCUGGGUGUGCCCUUCAUCUCGAUUUCUGCGCCCUCCGUUGUGUCAGGUAUGUCGGGUGAAUCCGAGAAGGCUCUGCGCGAGUACUUCGAGGAGGCAAAGCGACUUGCUCCGUGUCUUAUCUUCAUCGAUGAGAUCGAUGCUAUCACCCCCAAGCGUGAGAGUGCACAAAGAGAAAUGGAGAAGCGAAUUGUCGCUCAGCUCUUGACCUGUAUGGACGAGAUUGCUCUUGAAAAGACAGACGGAAAGCCCGUCAUCGUUCUCGCAGCCACCAACCGCCCAGACAGUCUCGACGCAGCUCUCCGUCGUGGCGGUCGUUUCGACAAGGAAAUCAACAUGACUGUCCCCUCAGAACCAGUUCGAGAACAAAUCCUCCGCGCUCUCACGCGCAAAAUGCGCCUGGCAGAUGACAUCGACCUCAAGACCCUGGCCAAACGAACUCCCGGCUUCGUCGGCGCCGAUCUAAAUGACCUAGUCUCAACCGCCGGUUCAGCAGCCAUAAAACGCUACCUGGAAAUCCUCAAGUCAAACAGCGGCGAAGAAAUGGAUAUGGAAAUCGAAGGCGAGGAUGAAUUAAGCUCCAAAGUCCGCGAACUGCGCCGACUAAUCUCCCACGCCAAAGAAUCCCCCAUGGGCGAAGAAACAGAAAUCGUUCUCGUCUCGAACGCAGACUUCUUUACUGCCCUCCCUAAAAUCCAACCCUCCUCCAAGCGUGAAGGCUUCGCUACAAUCCCAGACACAACGUGGUCAGACAUCGGCGCGUUGGGUGGUAUUCGCGAUGAGCUCGUCACAGCCAUUGUCGAACCAAUCAAGAACCCAGAUAUCUAUGCCAACGUCGGCAUCACCGCGCCGACAGGCGUCCUCCUCUGGGGUCCGCCCGGUUGUGGUAAAACCCUCCUGGCCAAGGCCGUCGCCAAUGAGUCCCGCGCCAAUUUCAUCAGCGUCAAGGGUCCAGAACUACUCAAUAAGUUCGUUGGUGAAUCUGAGCGUGCUGUACGCCAGGUCUUUGUUCGUGCGCGCUCGUCUGUGCCGUGUGUUAUCUUCUUUGAUGAAUUGGAUGCCCUCGUGCCUCGUCGCGAUGAUACACUCUCUGAAGCCUCUGCUCGUGUCGUUAAUACCCUCCUCACCGAGCUGGAUGGCCUUGGCUCUAGUCGUCAGGGUAUCUAUGUUAUUGCUGCCACGAAUAGACCUGAUAUCAUUGAUCCGGCCAUGCUGCGCCCUGGUCGUCUGGAGACUCUCUUGUUCGUUAACCUCCCCUCGCCGCUGGAGCGUGUGGAGAUCCUGCAAACUCUUGUGCGCAACCUGGCUAUUGAGUUUAGUGAGGAUCUUCGCAGACUUGCUGAGGAGUGUGAGGGUUUCAGUGGUGCCGAUCUGGGCAGUUUGUUGCGCCGCGCUGGUUACUCUGCUAUCAAGCGGAGGGAUGCUAUCAAGUUUGAGGACUUUGUUGCGGCCAAGUCGUUUGUUCGGCCUAGUGUCACUGAUUUGAAGAAGUAUGAGAAGCUGAGGAGGGAUUGGAGUGGUGGUGUUGUUUGA